UUUUCAUCCGUUCUAUCCGUACAGCCACGGUUCGAUCCGGAGGACCUUCGCGAUUAGACGCCGAGUCUCUUUUUUUUUUAAUUACCAUAUUAUAUUUUAAUCUAGUCGCGUCAUAUCCGUCAAGAUGGGCUGUGGAAUGAGUACGGAGGAGAAGGAGGGCAAGGCUCGAAACGAGGAGAUCGAGAAUCAGCUCAAAAGGGAUAAGAUUUUGCAGCGCAACGAGAUCAAGAUGCUUCUUCUGGGUGCUGGUGAAUCCGGAAAGUCGACCAUCUUGAAGCAGAUGAAGAUCAUCAACGAGGGCGGUUAUUCGCGCGACGAGCGAGAGUCGUUCAAGGAAAUCAUCUUCAGCAACACCGUUCAGUCUAUGCGUGUUAUCCUCGAGGCCAUGGAGUCCCUCGAGCUACCAUUAGAGGACCAACGCAUGGAGUACCACGUGCAAACCAUCUUCAUGCAACCCGCUCAAAUCGAAGGCGACGUCUUACCACCAGAGGUUGGAAAUGCAAUUGAGGCUUUGUGGAAGGACCGUGGUGUCCAGGAUUGUUUCAAGCGAUCGCGCGAGUACCAGUUGAAUGACUCGGCAAGAUACUACUUUGACAACAUCGCCCGUAUCGCCGCCCCUGAUUACAUGCCUAACGAUCAGGAUGUCCUUCGGUCUCGUGUCAAGACCACCGGUAUUACCGAAACAACCUUCAUUAUUGGCGAUUUGACAUACCGAAUGUUCGACGUGGGUGGUCAACGUUCAGAGCGAAAGAAGUGGAUCCAUUGCUUCGAAAAUGUCACUACCAUUCUGUUCCUUGUCGCCAUCUCGGAAUACGAUCAGUUACUCUUCGAAGACGAGACGGUCAACCGUAUGCAGGAAGCCUUGACGCUUUUCGACUCGAUCUGCAAUUCGCGGUGGUUUAUUAACACCUCCAUCAUCUUGUUUUUGAACAAGAUUGAUCGAUUCAAGGAGAAGCUUCCAAUCAGCCCGAUGAAGAACUACUUCCCGGAUUACGAGGGUGGUGACGAUUAUGCUGCAGCUUGCGAUUAUAUCCUCAACCGAUUUGUCAGCUUGAACCAACACGAGACAAAGCAAAUUUACACACAUUUCACUUGCGCGACAGAUACGACGCAAAUCCGCUUCGUCAUGGCGGCCGUCAAUGAUAUCAUCAUCCAGGUGAACCUACGUUCCUGCGGUCUGAUCUGAUUGUAGAUGAAGAACAGUCCAUAAAACGAAAUCCACGACAACAGCAAUCCUACCUCCCAAAAUACCCAUAGCAUAUUCGACGGCCGCCAGUAAUGCUGUAACUCUGGCUAAUGACCUGUACUCCUACCACGACCUUGCCGACGGAUCUUCUUCCAUGUGUUUGUUUUGCGCCUGAAUUGUCUCGCAUACUCCUUUUGCUCCGUUUUACCGAGGCCGCAUCGCCGACCUCAAUUCAGGUCUCCGUGGUGCUGCUGAUUGUGGGAUCGGGGGGAUCUGGGGGGUGGCUCGUGGGACAGUAAGAAGGAUAUUUGCAUCCAAAGUCAUGGCAG